AUGAACCCAUUUGUAUAUUUAAUUGUGUUUCUUUUAGUGGUAGCUUUCGUUGUAUUACUACCGCUAAUUGGAGGAAUUGGUUCAUAUUCAGUGGACAAGAAGACUACCAGACGCAGUGGUGAUGCCAAAGAUUCGGAAAAGGCUGGAUCCCUUGCAAAAUAUGCAAAAUUGAAGAAAGAGGAUGCACCUGUGAAGUUUAAAGUUAGUUCAUCACAAGAAGGUGAGGGAUUUGGGACUCGGAAGUUCGAAAUCGAUGGGAAAACAGGGUUGAAGAAGCGUGUCAUUGGUAAAUACAAUGAGGACGAAGCUGAAUUUGAUUAUGAUGUUGAUGAGUUGAUCGCGGAGGAUUUAAGAGAGCAACAACAAGAGGAAGCUGCAAGGUAUGCCCAGUAUUUGGGUAAAGAAAAUGAGACACAGGAAAAUCUUGUGUGA